CUAGUAAUGUAUUCCAGUGUGACUCAUUGUGUCAGUCUGGAAGAGCUGUAGUCUGAGAGCGGUAUUAACUACAAUUUUUAUAAAGUUUAGCCCAGGAACUAGUCACUUUGCUGGAAAUUCUACGUUUCUGCUGAGAAUAUCCAAAAGGGUCAAAAGAAUGGAAUUUCAGACUAGGAUUCACCCAGAUAUUCCAGAAAAUGGGGAACUGCCUCCCAUGGAAGUACCAAACAAUUUUGUACCCCAGGAAGGUGGAGGAGAAGAUGAAAAGCCAGUAUCAAACUUGCAAAGAAGGCGCAGUGAUGUCAAGGUCUAUAAAGAAAUUUGCGACUUCUAUGCUAGAUUCAACAUGGCGAAUGCGCUGGCCAAUGCAAUUUGUGAGCGCUGUCGAUCUGGUUUUGCUCCUUCUGAAAAGAUUGUCAACAGCAACGGGGAACUGUACCAUGAGCAGUGUUUUGUAUGUGCUCAGUGCUUUCAGCAGUUCCCAGAGGGACUCUUCUAUGAGUUUGAAGGCAGAAAAUAUUGUGAGCAUGAUUUCCAAAUGCUGUUUGCUCCCUGCUGCCAUCAGUGUGGUGAAUUCAUCAUUGGCCGUGUCAUUAAGGCAAUGAACAACAGCUGGCAUCCAGAGUGUUUCCGCUGUGAUAUCUGUCAGCAAGUCCUAGCAGACAUUGGAUUUGUUAAGAAUGCUGGAAGGCACCUUUGCCGUCCUUGUCACAACCGAGAGAAAGCCAGAGGCCUUGGCAAGUAUAUUUGCCAAAAGUGCCAUGCUAUUAUUGAUGAACAACCCCUUAUAUUCAAGAAUGACCCAUAUCACCCAGAUCAUUUUAACUGUGCCAACUGUGGAAAAGAGCUGACUGCCGAUGCUCGUGAGCUAAAAGGUGAGCUGUAUUGCUUACCUUGUCAUGACAAGAUGGGUGUCCCUAUAUGUGGAGCUUGCAGAAGACCAAUUGAAGGACGUGUGGUCAAUGCUAUGGGAAAGCAAUGGCACGUGGAGCAUUUUGUAUGUGCAAAGUGUGAAAAACCCUUUCUUGGCCAUCGCCAUUAUGAGAGGAAGGGGCUGGCUUACUGUGAGACACAUUACAACCAGCUCUUCGGAGAUGUCUGCUUUCAUUGCAACCGUGUUAUUGAAGGUGAUGUGGUAUCUGCCCUGAACAAGGCCUGGUGUGUGAAUUGUUUUGCAUGUUCUACCUGCAACACAAAGUUAACACUCAAACAUAAGUUUGUUGAGAUAGACCUAAAGCCCACCUGCAAGCACUGUUAUGAGAAAUUGCCGGAUGAGUUCAAACGCCGCCUAUCAAGGCAGUCAAAAGAGGCGAAGGACAAAGAGAAAAAGAAAAAGGGAACAUGUCUAUGAAUUGUUUACAUUCUACUGUGAUUUACCCCCUUGGGAACAAAUUUGUGGAAUUUGACAUGAAGCCUGUCUGUAAGAAAUGCUACGAGAAGUUUCCUCUGGAGUUAAAGAAAAGGCUUAAGAAGCUAUCUGAACCCCUAGCUAGAAAAUAAGUGUGUCUUACCGACAGCUGCAGGGUGAAGACUUGGAGGAGCAUGCUACUUGACUUUGUCCUGUUCACUGAGGCUGUUAUCUGCACUAACCUUCACAGCAAAAUAUGUAUCUGCAUGAAUACUGCAUUAAACUACCACAUGUGCUAUUUAUCCUAUCACCUCAUCCUUAAAGAGAAAAUACUCUGUUGCUCUUGUGCUACCUGCCUCAACUUGUUCUGUUAGCAAUCGCUCUUCGUCAAUAACUGAGCGGGGCUGGGACAAUAAUAUUUCUAACCAUCAUUGCUGCUAUUGAUAUUGUAACUGGGAGACCUUUUGUUUGAACCUAAAUGCUCAUUUGGUGUUUUAAUUUGAGAUACUGAAGCUACACAGCAGCUUAGCUUCAGAGUAUCCCUUAUAGAUCUGAUUUGGAAGUAUUUUCAUGGAAAUCAGUGUUACCUUAGGUGAGUUGGACUUGUGCACCAACCCACUGAAAAAAUUCUUGAGAAGCUGUAUCCACAGAAUGUCAAACCAUAUCAAUUGUGUGAUGGUACAGUUGUUCUUCUAAUGUUACAUAUGCCCUUUCUAGCUUUAUCACAAGUAGAACCUUUCGGCCUUCAUUUGUGCCAAACACAUUGCUUUGGCUCACACUGAAGUAACCAGUAAUCUUUAACUUAUUGGUCUCCAGAAUGUACAACUCCCAGCAUCCUUCAGCAGGUGGAAGAUCUCUUACCUAAGGUCUGUACCUUGCAUUAUAUAAUGUUCUUGCAUUUCAAGCAGGCUUUAGUAUAGCAUUGUUUACACAUGGCCAAGCUAUAUGGCCACUGAAAUGACAGUAAUGCAUGCCUGACACAAAAGCAUCUAUUUCAUCUGUAUGCAUACUCAGCUUUGUUUCUGCAACAUUCCCAGGUCUAGUCACAGAAAUAGAAUUCCUGAAAAUGGCAUCAUGUCUAAUAUACAGAAAAGAUGCAGAUGUCUUAAGAGACAGUUAUGGGUGUUUUAUUGGCAUUGCUUUAGUUGGGGA